AAUAUGGAGGGGGUGGCUGGGAAUGCCCCCUGUGAGUGCUUGGAGGCCAACCUGCUUGCCCAGAGCUGCUGUCAAAACCGUUUCCACUCUGGGGAGGCUCACAGAGCAAGGCACCAGGAGCCGGGGAGCCCUCCAAGUGCUGAGGUGCCUUACUGCGACCUACCACGCCGCCCACCUGCCUCUGAGGACCCUGUCAGCCCCUCAACCUCCAGCUGCCAGUCCGUGGUGGGCUUGGGCCUUGAGCCAGGGCCUGAGAGGGGCCCAUCAGCAGGAUCCUCCACAGAGGUCCCCACAGUUGCUCCCAAGAGCAGAAGCCAGGAACCAGAAGCAGUGCCCUAUCUGGAGGGUCUGGCCUCCUCUCAGAGUGGCAGCUUCGACGAAGGUCCUGACUCUGGCACCAGCUCCAGCCCUGACUGUGACACCCCUGAUGAUACCAGCGACUUGUCGUCCGUGGACUGGGAUAUUGUUACGAGGCAGGAGGAGGCUCCCAGCUGGGACGAGCUCACCGCGAUGAUCCCGAGGAAACCCCAGGAAGGGCCAAGAGCCGACAGUGCCCGAAGGGCUCCAUCUCUCCUUACCCGUUCCCCCGUGGGAGGUGAUACCGCAGGCCAGAGAAAAGAAGACACCUGCAGUGGGAGCCGAAGUGCUGGACAGCACUGGGCGAAACUCCGGGGAGAAAGUGGGCACUUCUUGGAGCGGCACCGGUCGGCGCUAACCCAGGCUUCCUGUGUGACACCGCAUAGCGGACCUCGAAGUGCCACCCCCCAGGCUUCCUCUUUUCAUCAUUCUGCCCAAAGGGACGCUGCCCAGACUGCUUCCGCACAGUUCAAUACCCCCCGAACCUCCUCUCCCACACAAAUCGCCCAACGGGACAAGCCCAGAACCUCCUCCAUCCAACAAGACAUCCCCAGGACCUCUUUCACACAGCGCAACACCCCCAGAGCAUCCUCUCCCUCAAGAGUUGCCCAACGGGAUAACCCCAGAACUUCCUCCAUCCAACGAAACAAUCCUCGAGUUUCUUCUCCGACUAGAGCCAUCCAACAAGACAACUCCAGAACCUCUUCUAUCCAACAGGACAACCCUCAGACUUCUUUUUCCACUUGUACUCCCCAGAGGGACAACCCCAGAACAUCCUCUCCCAACAGAACUGCCCAGCGGGACAACCCUAGAACAUCCUCCACCCAGCGGGACAAUCCCAGAGCCUCCUCUCCCAACAGAACCACCCAGCGGGACAACCCUAGAUCAUCCUCUCCCAACAGAACCGCCCAGCGGGACAACCCUAGAACAUCCUGCACCCAGCGGGACAAUCCCAGAGCCUCCUCUCCCAACAGAAUCACCCAGCGGGACAAGCCUAGAACAUCCUGCACCCAGCAGGACAAGCCCAGAGGCUCCUCUCCCAACAGAACCACCCAGCGGGACAACCCUAGAACAUUCUGCACCCAGUGGGACAAUCUCAGAGCCUCCUCUCCCAACAGAACAACCCAGCGGAACAACCCUAGAACAUUCUGCACCCAGCAGGACAAUCCCAGAGCCUCCUCUCCCAACAGAACCACCCAGCAGGACAACCCCAGAACAUCUUGUGCCCAGCAGGACAAACCCAGAGCCCCCUCUCCCAACAGAACCACCCAGCGGGACAACCCUAGAACAUCUUGUGCCCAGCAGGACAAUCCCAGAGCCUCCUCUCCCAGCAGAACCACCCAGCGGGACAACCCUAGAACAUCUUGUGCCCAUCGGGACAAUCCCAGAGCCUCCUCUCCCAACAGAACCACUCAACGGGAAAAUCCCAGAACAUCUUGUAUUCAACAGAACAUCCCCAGAACUCCUUCUACCCAACGAGACAACCCUAAAACCUCUUGUACGCAGUGGAAUAACCCUAGAACCUCUUACACUCAACGAGACAAUCCACAAUCUUCCUCUCGGCGGGACAACCCUGGAACUUCCUCCCCACGAUGCUGCACACAACAGGACAAUCCUGGCCCAUCGUCUCCCCAUCGUUCCACUCAGCGGAACAAUCCCAGGAAUUCUUCUCCCCAUCGUACCAACAAAGACAUUCCCUGGGCCUCCUUUCCCCUCCGCCCAACCCAGAGUGAAGGUCCCCGAACCUCUUCCCCAUCUCGCUCUAAACAAAGUGAGGUUCCCUGGGCUUCCAUCACCCUUCGGCCAACCCAAGGUGACAAGCCUCAGACCUCAUCUCCCACUAGGCCAGCUCAGCGUGACCCACCUCUCUCCUCCUCUGGAUCUACCCAGCAUAACUCAUCAUCCCGGGCCACUUCCUCAUCCCAUAACCCGGGCCACCACAGUGCCUCCCGGACUUCUUCACCUCUGUACCCGGCUACCCACGGAGUACUCCAGACCUCUUCUGAACCCUCCCAGCCUGCAUGUUCUGUGUGUAUUGGGCAUCGGGAUGCCCCUCGAGCUUCUUCACCUCCUCGCUAUUUGCAACAUGACCCCUUCCCCUUCUUCCCAGACCCCCAUGCAUCUGAGAGUGAAUUGCCCCACCACACCCCCCCUUAUAUACCUCCAGCUGUGUGCAUUGGUCAUCGCGAUGCUCCCCGGGCUUCUUCACCCCCCCGCCACACCCAGUUUGACCCCUUCCCCUUCCUCCCAGACACAUCAGAUGCUGAGACUCAGUCCCCCCAGCAUGACCCUCCUCAGUUCCCCCCACCAGUGUGUAUUGGGUACCGUGAUGCACCCCGGGCUUCCUCCCCACCACGCCAGCCCCCAGAGCCCUCCCUGUUAUUCCAGGAUCUCCCCAGCACUGAGAGCCUUGUCCCCUCCACAGACUCAUUACAUGAGCUCCCCCACAUCCCCACCCCCGUGUGCAUUGGGCACCGUGAUGCACCCUCCUUCUCGUCCCCACCACGCCAGGCCCCUGAGCCCUCCCUCUUCUUUCAGGAUCCCCCAGGGACUAGUAUGGAGAGCCUGGCCCCCUCCACUGACUCUCUGCAUGGCUCCCCAGUGCUGCUCCCUCAAGUGUGCAUCGGAUACCGGGAUGCACCUCGAGCCACCUCCCCACCCCGCCACCCCCCCAGUGACCUAGCGUUCCUGGCACCCUCACCUCCACCAGGCAGCUCGGGGGGCUCCCGGAGCUCAGCACCCCCUGGGGAGACCAGGCACAACUUGGAGAGGGAGGAGUACACCGUGCUGGCUGACCUGCCCCCACCCAGGAGGCUGGCACAGAGGGAGCCAGGGCCCCAGUGCAGCAACGGGGGCCGCACCCACAGCCCUGGCCGUGCAGAGGUGGAGCGCCUCUUCGGGCAAGAGCGCAGGAAGUCCGAGGCACCGGGGACCUUCCAGGCCCGGGACGAGGGGCGGUCGCAGCGGCCCAGCCAAGGUCAGAGCCAACUUCUCCGAAGACAGUCCAGCCCUGCCCUCAGUAGGGAGGUAACCAAGCCCCUUGUGAAGCAGGCAGGACCGGCCCGGCGGACCCAAGCAGAGCCCCCUCCUCCCAGGAGCCCCGAGAGGCGGCCUGAAGGGGACCGGCGGCUCCAGGGGUCCUCGCUGCCCCCCAGGACAUCAGCCAGGAUCCCUGAGAAGGAGCAGCGGAGAGAGAGAUCUCUGGAAAGUGGCCAGGAGGGCCCAAGACAGCCUCUGGGGGGGUGGCAGAGUCAGGAGGAGCCUCCAGGAAUGCAGGGCCCUCACAGACCUCUGGAGAGCGGGUGUGGCAGCCGGCGGGAGGGCCCUGGCCAAGGGGGCUGGCAAGGACUUGGGGAGCCCAGCCGGGGGGUUGCCAUAGCCCCAGAGGGAACCUGGAGGGGCCCUCUCAGGGAGUCCGAGGAGAGCUGGGGGCAGCCAGGUGGCCCCACCGGCCGCAGAGGGCAGCCAGAGGCCUGGGAGGAGCCCUCCAGUAAUGGGUUGUGGGGUGCCCCUGACAGGCCAGCUCAGAGAGGCUGGGGCAACCUGCAGGAGCUGCCCAGUGCUCCCCAGCCUCAGAGCCACCCAGAGGACUCCAGGGUAGGCCCAACAGAGUUUCUGAAAUCCCAGAGGCCUGAGACACCCACCACCACGGGCUGGGGGGCUGAGGGAACUUGCCCACACCUGCACAGCCCUGAGAGGCGACCCGAGCUUGACUGGAGGGACCUGGUGGGCCUUCUCGGGGCACCCAGAGACGGGGCCUGGGCCCACACAGAGGAGUCAAUGCUCGCCUCCCACCUUCCCAGGUUGCACUGGGAAGGCCUCCUGGAACUGCUGCAGGCCCAGCUGCCCCGCAAGGACCCAGCUGGACACUGGGGUGCCCUGGCCACAGCUUCAGGGCCUGAGGUGGGUUCCUCAGGCACAAACGGCACCCUGGAGCUGGAGCGACAGGGCGAGUCUGCCGGCUGGAUGGAGGCCACCCUAGUCAAUGGACAAAGCGCUGGGCAGUGGCCCCAGAGCUCCGCCCAGCAGCCCAGCCCUGCCAGCAUCUCCACCCAGUGGCCAAACACCAAAGUGACAAGUGGACCAGAGACCUCAACUAUGGCUGGUCUGGAGGAGAUGGGCCAGCUAGGGAGCAGGAACCCUGCAGAGCAUCCCAGCUUGCCAGAGUGGGAGUUACAAUCAGAGGAGCCUGAGGAGUCAGAACCAAGCAAAGGCCAAGACUCACUGACCGACCAGAAGCAGGCAGACUCGGCAGACAAGAGGCCAGCGGAGGGCAAGGCUGGGAGCCCACUCAAGGGCCGACUGGUGACCUCAUGGCGGAUGCCCGGGGACCGUCCCACGCUGUUCAAUCCGUUCCUGCUGUCUCUGGGGGUCCUCAGGUGGCAAAGGCCCGAUCUGCUCAACUUCAAGAAGGGAUGGAUGUCGAUCUUGGACGAGCCUGGAGAGUGGAAGAAGCAUUGGUUUGUGCUGACAGAUUCAAGCCUUAAAUACUACAGGGACUCUACCGCUGAGGAGGCCGAUGAGCUGGACGGUGAGAUCGACCUGCGCUCCUGUACGGAUGUCACUGAGUACGCAGUGCAGCGCAACUAUGGCUUCCAGAUCCACACCAAGGAUGCUGUCUACACCUUGUCGGCCAUGACCUCGGGUAUCCGGCGGAACUGGAUCGAGGCUUUGCGGAAGACCGUGCGACCCACCUCUGCCCCGGAUGUCACCAAGCUCUCAGACUGCAAUAAGGAGAACACGCUGCAUGGCUACAGCACCCAGAAGGGCUCCCUGAAGGCAGGGGAGCAGCGGGGGUGCUCUGAGGUCAUCAGUCGGGGCAGCCCGCGGAAGACGGACGGGCAGCGGCAGUCCCUGGACUACGUAGAGCUCUCCCCGCUGAUCCAGGGCUCCCCGCAGCGGGCCCGCACCCCAGCCCGCACUCUUGACCGGCCGGCCAAGCAGGAGGAGCUGGAGCGGGACCUGGCCCAGCGCUCUGAAGAGCGACGCAAGUGGUUUGAGGCCACGGACAGCAGGCCUGUGGAGACCGCAGCUGGUGAGGGGCCACGCCGGGGCCUGGGGGCCCCCCUGACUGAGGACCAGCAGAGCCGCCUCAGUGAGGAGAUUGAGAAGAAGUGGCAGGAGCUGGAGAAGCUGCCCCUGCGGGAGAACAAGCGGGUGCCUCUCACUGCCCUGCUCAACCAAAGCCGCGGGGAGCGCCGGGGGCCUCCCGGUGACAGCCACGAGGCCCUGGAGAAGGAGGUCCAGUCUCUUCGUGCCCAGCUGGAGGCGUGGCGUCUCCAAGGAGAGGUUCCUCAGGGUGCGCACAGGUCCCAGGAGGACAGCCACAUCCCCCCGGGCUACAUCUCGCAGGAGGCGUGUGAGCGCAGCCUGGCCGAGAUGGAGUCGUCGCACCAGCAGGUGAUGGAGGAGCUGCAGCGGCACCAUGAGCGUGAGCUGCAGCGGCUGCAGCAGGAGAAGGAGUGGCUCCUGGCCGAGGAGACGGCCGCCACGGCCUCAGCCAUUGAAGCCAUGAAGAAGGCCUACCAGGAAGAGUUGAGCCGGGAACUGAGCAAGACACGGAGUCUCCAGCAGGGCCCAGAUGGCCUUCGCAAGCAGCACCAGUCAGACGUGGCGGCGCUGAAGCGGGAGCUGCAGGUGCUAUCGGAGCAGUACUCGCAGAAGUGCCUAGAGAUCGGAGCCCUGAUGCAGCAGGCCGAGGAGCGAGAGCACACGCUGCGGCGCUGCCAGCAGGAAGGCCAGGAGCUGCUGCGCCACAACCAGGAGCUGCACACCCGCCUCUCAGAGGAGAUUGACCGGCUGCGUGGCUUCAUUGCCUCACAGGGCACGGGUGACAGCUGUGGACGCAGCAGCGAGCGGAGCUCCUGUGAGCUGGAGGUGUUGCUGCGAGUGAAGGAGAAUGAGCUCCAGUACCUGAAGAAGGAGGUGCAGUGUCUCCGGGAUGAGCUGCAGAUGCUGCAGAAGGACAAGCGCUUCACUUCAGGGAAGUACCAGGAUGUGUAUGUGGAACUGAACCACAUCAAGACACGGUCAGAGCGGGAGAUCGAGCAGCUGAAGGAACACCUACGCCUUGCCAUGGCUGCCCUGCAGGAGAAGGAAUCGAUGCGCAACAGCCUGGCCGAAUAGAGGUCCUGGUGGCCCGGCCCUGCGGCAGACCCCCCACCCUGGCCUGAGGGGACCAGUCCGUUGCCCUCCUUCCUGCUGGAUGGAAGUCAGAAGCCAGCCAAGCUUUCUUCCCACCCUCUGUGGGCCGCACAUGCACUCAUACCCACCACACACACACACACACACACACACACACACACACACACGCAUGCACAUGCACACACACAUACACACUCUGCGUAUCUGAGCGCGCCCCUCGCACUGGGUCUUACCUUGCACCUUCUUCAGGAUUUUAUAUGUGAAGAGAUUUUUAUAUAGAUUUUUUCCUUUUUUUCCCCCCAGAACACUUUAUACUUUGAAAAAAGCAAUUCCUGGUGGCCUUGUGCCUCCAUCACUUGCUCUCCCUCUGUCUCUAGCCACCUGCUCGGGCUUCUGGGCCCGUGGCCCUACCUGAGGGGUCUAGCAGAGGCCCAGCAGCGGCCAUGGCAGGGUGGACUCUGGUGGGAGAGGCAGGGAGCCAGCCACCCUCUUCCUACCCUACCUCCCACUAACUACUUCCUGCCCUGAGGGGACCCACACCUUGGGACUCUGGACAGAGGGACCUAUGGGCAGAGGGAGCCAGAAGCUGUCCCUAAGGCCUUGCCUCCUCCUCCUCUUCCUCCUCCGAGGGGGUGCUAGGCAUGGAACGCUGGAGCCGCCCCAUGAAGGCGUUUCUCUCCUGCCCCAUGAGCCUUCUUAACUUAAUAAAAUGUUCCCACAG